AUGCCACGGGCAAGUAGAAGUAAGAUUCAGCCUUCCGAGGGAGAGAAAAAAAGGCGCAGGCGGGAACAAAAGAAGCUCAGUAUCCGUCGUGCACGUGCUAAAGUGAAUGAAGCAGAAUUAGAAGAAAGAAGAAGCCAGGACAGGGAAAGAUAUCGACGAAAAAAGGAACAAGGCAAAACUAAAACUAUUAAAGACUACACCCCUAGAGAACAACGCCAAAUCAGAAAAAUAUGGAGGGAAAAGGCUAAAUUAAGACGUCAGAAGGAAAAAAAUAGUAAAAAUGCUUUGCGUUUCGUUGAACAGAACACUCCACCGUCUAGUCCCUCAUUUUCGCGUAUUAAUGUUGGGAAUGCUAUUGAGAAACGCAAUGCGCGAAUAUUAAGAAUCGAAAAUAACUAUCUAAAAAAAGGAACACUUGAGCUGGAAUCUAAAAUGGCAAAAUACCGUAUGAGAGCUAUUCGAUCUUCUAAUAAAGAAAACAAAGAAAAGACAGUUCCUCAAAAAAAGCUUAAGAAAGUGCAAGAAAGAAAAAAAGCAGUAGAAGUUUUUUUGCUUCAAGAUGGAAAUAGCACACUUACAUCAAGAAAAAAAGACACCAUAACAAGAAAAAAAAUUAAGAAACAAGUACGUUUUUUGAAUGAUUCUCUUUUAAACCUACAUAAAGCUUUUGUUAAUAAGUCUGGUACUAAUAUCUCUGAACGAGAACAUGGUAAAGGUGCACCCGAUGGUGUUGGAGGGUGCAUCAAGCGCAUUUGCGAUAGUCGUGUCGCAAAGGGAAAUGACAUAUCUAAUUUAGAUGAUUUAAUGGCAUGCUUAUCUGUAAAUUGUAAAGGUAUAGAGGUUUUUGAAAUCGACGAGUCAAGGUUUCCUGAAAUCGAUCUACUUUUGAAGGAGAGCGCUACACGUCCUUUUAAAGGUACGCUCGAAAUACAUCAGAUUACAUGGCAUAAACAAAAUCCUUAUGCUCUCCAUGCCAGGCGAUUAAGCUGCUUGGAUUGCGCAGCCCACGAUAAAUGUCCUCAUUAUGAAAUUGGGCAGAUUCGAAUACAGUUUAAAGCUUCCAAUUCUCCCACUGAUUCCGAAUUAUCUGAUCAUCAUUUUUCCAAUAUGUCGCUGGCAUCUCCUCAAGCAGGGCCCUCCUAA